AUGGCACAGCAAAACAGAGAAGAAUUCGGGCACGACCAGAGAGACUACGACGGGCGUCACAAUAACCCUGAUAUUUGCAAGAACAACGACGAAUGGGAUCGGUGGAGAGACGAGUUCGGAAGCAGAACCACCAUGGACCCAGUCGCCAGCUACGCUUAUGGGAACAUAGGGAGUGCCGGUUACGGAGCCCCUCCUACGGGAGGACCCUACACUGCCACUAACUAUGGAGCCUCUGGAUUUGAAUACAGCACUGCAUAUUCCACUACUGGCACACCUCCUGCAGGCCAAGAAAACGCAGAUCGUGGUGGUGGUGGUGGUGACAGCGGAAGGAACAUGACCAACACCAACAUUCACAGGAACAAGGACGUGGACCAAAAGAAAUCAACCUAA